CAAGGACUGUCGCCAGUACUUCCGUCCCUUGUACAUUUGGAUAUAAGUGAUUGCGCUCGACUAAGGUCGCUCAAGGGAAUGCCUGAGAUGCCCAAAUUGACAACAUUGAUACUGCCUCCAUCGAUACGGAGUCUGCAAUGGAUGCCCAGGAUACUCUACUCGCUUCAACACAUUGGUUUCUCAAGCUGUUCUGAGCUUGCAUCACUCAAGGGGAUUCCUUGUCUCCCAAACUUGAGAAAAUUGAUUACCCCCAAAGGACUGAAGAUCUUGGACAUACCCCUGAAUCACAUCGACUCGCUUGAGGUGCUCGAUAUGUCGCACUCGUCAAGUCUCGAGUCGCUUGAUCGCUUUCCAUACACACCCAAAUUGAAGAUUCUGUAUCUGAACGGUUCAUUUUGCAACCUCCGUGGACUGCCAAGCUGUAUGCCGUCGCUUCAGAUCCUCUCUGUCUGGUGCCCCUCGCUUACGUCGCUGGAGGGGUUUCCUGCGUCCCUGAUGAGGCUCUUGGAACUGAAUCUAUACUCAUGCUCCAAUUUGCGAUCGAUCGAAGGAAUCCCACCUAUGCCCUUGCUCCGGAUAUUGAUUUGCAGUGGCAUGCAGCAAUCGAUAUUCAAUGUAUUGUUCGUCCGACUGAGGGCUGAUUCACCGCAACUGAGGGUAUUAAUAUAAAGCCAUC